AUAUCUGUCAAUAGUGUCAUAUUUAGUUUAUAAUAUAUAAUAAAGAAAAAAUUUAAAUUGUGUAACGUUUUUUAAAUUGUUACAACCUUUUCUCAUUUAUUUACAAUAUAUUAAACGAUAUGGACCAAAUAAUAACCUUUGAUAAGAGCCUUAAAACCAGACUAGAAGAGUAUAAAGAAGUAUUUUCCUGUGAAACUCUACCCUACUCCAAAAUCCAAAGUGAAUGGGGCUAUUAUUUGGAGCUAAUUUUGGACCCCCUUGGCUGGCAAGCACUCUGGAAAAUACCGAGAGUUAAAUGUGAAGAGUUAAAAAUAUCUUUUCCAACAGUUGUCUUAGUCUUAGUUCUUCGUGUAAACUAUUCGAACCUCGAGGCUCAUGUAAAAAUUUUAGCAGUCCAAGAUGACAUUCAUUUGCCUGAAAAGCACUUUGUGCCGUUAAUACAGUUGUGGCCGACAAAGGAUCAAGAUAAAAGUAUUGCCUUAGAUUUAGUUUCUACUGCAAAUUGUUUGGAUAUGCUUCGAUUCUUUUAUAUUCAUUUGCUUAUGCCUUGGGAUGAGGAUGAUGAUGUUUCUGAUUGGAAAGCUGCACAUUUACUUAGCAGGUUGCACCUUUAUUAUGAUUUAAAAAAUGGAAAUAUUCCAAAGUCAACUGCAGAACACAUUCAUGCUUUACUGAAUGAGGCCAGAAGACUAAAUACUAAGAGGCAGCAAUUGGUAUCUCAGUGUGGGGAAUUUGAUAGUGAUAUUGAAGGAAGUGAAGAUCAAAAUGUAGAAACCCUUAUAGAAAUUAAUGUCCGCCUAAUAGAAAUUCAGAAUGAGAUGCAUCUGUUAGAGAAUGAAUUGUUUAGAAAAGUAAUCUUAAAGAGGCAACAAAGUGAGCAAAACGAAGUGGUUAAAUAUCAGGAAAUUAAUUUGAAACCUAGCAUCUGGGUAAUUUGUAAAGAUGCGACAGCUACUGAGUACAUAACACUUCUUAAAACUAUUGAAAAGCUUUACCCUGACCAAAGUCUUUCAUUUGCCCUUAACCUUCACAAUAAACUGGAAUCAACUAAAUCCAGUGAGAUUAUUUUGCUCAGUCAUAGUAGUAAUCAUGUCAUAAAAGAAGAAGGCGCACUAGUUGAUAGUAUUACAGUAAAAGGAAUCGAUAAUAUAGCCACUAUUAAUUCUAUGGCUGAUGAUGUUAUGUUCGAUUGCAUUGGUGCCGAAUGUGUAUUUGAAAAUAUCAUUAUAAAUUGUAUCAAGACUCAAUGUGCCAUUUUAAUUAGGCAAGACAGCAAUGUCACAUUAAAAAAUUGCCAAAUUAUUGGCGAUGAAUCGUCCACAACUCAUCAAGGGAUUUUGGUCCUAAGGGGAGCAAAAUUGACCCUCAUCAACUGUGAAAUAAAAGGGUUUUCUGUGGCUUUAGUUGGUAACAGUGAAAGCACAAUUGAUAUAAAAGAUACUGUGAUCAAAGGAGCCAUUUCUGGCAUCAAAAUUUAUGAUAAUUGUAAUAUAAGUAUUUAUAGAACUGAGUUGAGGGAGUGUAAGGAAUAUGGAGUAGUAAUUGAAAGUGAUAAGCAGGAUGGUACGGAUUUAAUUUCAUUUGAAGAUUUGUCCGGUUUUAGUUAUAUCAAAAUGAGAAAUGUCACAGGCGUUAAUAACGGCAAGGGAAAUAUCAAAAAUAAAAACUCCAAAAUUAAGGCUAUUGAAGACCUUUUUGAAAACCCAGAUUUGUAUCCUACAAUCUUGGUAGACUCUGAUGAAGACUCACCAGAAAACGAUUCUUCAGACUUAAAUGAUACUGUGUUAGAAGUUAAGAGGUUUAAAGAUGAUGUUGUAGAGGCGGAUUAUUGAUUAUGAUAUUAAAGUUGAUUUUUGUUUUUCAUGUAAAAGAUGUUUUGUAUUAAAUUGUUUUUGUAUGAAUUUUAAUAUAUCCUAUAAAAUUAAGUAAAAA